AUGCAUCUUUACCACUUGACUCUACAAGGACAAACGUCAAUCAAUCAAGCUGUACACGGAUCUUUCACUGGUGCUUCUAAACAACAGGAAGUGUGCGUCGCUCGUGGAACCACUCUGCAACUCAUUUUUUGUGAUCCUAAAUCGGGAAAGAUUCAGACACUUUGCACACAAGAUGUGUUUGGAGUCAUUCGCAGUCUUUACGCAUUCAGAUUGACUGGAUCUAAUAAAGAUUACGUGGCGGUUGGCUCGGAUUCUGGACGAAUCGCGAUUCUCGAGUACAAACAAGAAAGGAAUUUAUUUGAACGAAUUCAUCUAGAAACUUACGGGAAAACGGGAUGUCGUCGAGUUGUGCCCGGACAAUAUCUUGCAGCCGAUCCGAGAGGCCGUGCUAUUAUGAUUGGUGCCGCUGAACGACAAAAAGUUGGUCUACAUCUUGAAUCGAGACAAGCACACAAGACUUACACGUUGUGCCAGGGAAUGGUUGGCGUUGAUGUCGGCUUUGAAAACCCGACAUUUGCCUGUCUCGAGUUUGACUAUGAGGAAAUCGAUAAUGAUCCGACCGGAGAGAACCUGAAGAAGACACAACAACACUUGACUUUCUACGAGUUGGAUCUCGGUUUGAAUCAUGUGGUGCGGAAGUAUGCAGAACCGUUGACUGAUCUUGGAAAUCAUUUAAUUGCAGUUCCCGGAGGACAAGAAGGACCAUCGGGUGUGAUUGUUUGCUGCGAGAACUACUUGGUAUACAAAAAUCUUGGAGAUCAACCGGAUAUCAAAUGUCCAAUUCCUAGGAGAAGGAACGACCUUGAUGACGCUGAUCGCACACUGAUGAUUGUCUAUGUUUUUAAGGUCACUUUGGAAACCGAUGAAGACCUUGUGACGGAGAUGAAGAUUAAAUACUUUGACACUGUUCCUGUGGCGAACGCGAUGUGCAUCUUAAAAACUGGAUUCCUGUUUGUGGCUGCCGAAUUUGGAGAUCAUCAAUUGUAUCAAAUUGCCAACCUUGGAGACAAUGACGAUGAGCCCGAAUACUCUUCUCGAAUGGAACUGGAAGAGGGAGACACUUUCUUCUUUGCGCCUCGGAGUCUGCAAAAUCUUGUUCCAGUCGAUACGAUUCCAUCACUUUGUCCACUAAUCAAUACACAUAUUGCCGAUCUGGCUCGAGAAGAUGCUCCGCAAAUCUAUGCAAUGUGUGGUCGUGGUGCUGGAUCAAAGUUGAAAGUUCUUCGCAAUGGUCUCGAAGUGUCAGAGAUGGCCGUUUCUGAGCUUCCCGGAAAUCCGAAUGCUGUGUGGACAGUGAAGCGCAAUGUUGAUGACAAAUUUGAUGCGCACAUCGUGAAGAAGCGACGGAUUCUGGAUUUGUCGCCACUCAGCCGACAAUUGGAUGUGCUUUUGAUUGGUGAUGACAGCAUGCUCCAGGUGUAUCCAGACGGCAUUCGUCAUAUUCGAUCUGAUCGGCGAGUGAAUGAGUGGCGAGCGCCCGGUAGAAGAACGAUUGUGAAGUGUGCAUUGAAUCGCCGACAGGUUGCGAUCGGGCUGUCGGGAGGAGAGAUUGUUUAUUUCGAACUUGACAUGACUGGACAACUGAAUGAAUUCACCGAACGCCGUCAAUUGCCAGGGGAGAUUCUCUGCAUGAGUAUGUCCGAAGUUCCAGAGGGAGAGAUUCGCUCUCGUUUUCUCACCGUCGGAGUGAGCGAUUCUACUGUUCGUGUGAUAUCUUUGGAUCCUUCGGACACACUUGCUCCAUUGAGUUUCCAAGCUUUACCUUCACCACCUGAGUCUCUUCUUUUAUUGGAAUCAUCGAGUGAAGAUGGAAAGGGUGUUAGCACAAUUCACCUUAAUAUUGGCUUGCAGAACGGAUGCCUAUUACGAACAACGGUUGAUUCAGUUACCGGUGAUUUGAUGGACACAAGAACAAGAUUCCUUGGCACUAGACCUGUUCGUCUCUUCCGUGUUCGUGUGCUAAACAAAGAUGCGGUUCUCUGCACAUCAUCCCGAUCGUGGCUCCUUUAUCAUUAUCAAAAUCGGUUCCACUUGACCCCACUCUCCUAUCCAUCGCUGGAAUUUGCCUCUUCAUUUGCGAGUGAACAGUGCGCUGAAGGCGUUGUUGCUAUUACUGAAAAUACACUGCGGAUUAUCGCUGUGGAAAAACUCGGAGGGGCGUUCAAUGAAGUCAUUCACAAACUUGCAUUGACACCUCGACGGAUGGUUGUCCACCCAUCAGCGAACACAAUUAUGAUGAUUGAAACUGAUCACGCCACUUACACAGAACAAAUGAAGAACAAGAAACGAAACGAUAUGGCCAAUGAUAUUGAAAGUCUUGCCACUGAUGAACAAGAGCUGGAACUUGCUAGGGAGAUUGCCGAAGGAAUGCGAAACACAAAACUUGAUGAAAGCGUUUUUGGAACGGUCAAAGGAGCUCCAACGAGAUGGGCUUCAGUUGUUCGUCUACUAAACGCGAAAACGGGAGACAUUCACUCAUUUUUUGAACUACCACAAGAUGAAGCGGCAAAAUGCAUGACGUUGAUUCAAUUCCAUGCUCAACCCGACACUCUCAUGGUGCUUGUCGGAUGCGCGAUCAGCGUGCGAUUACGUCCGUACUCACACCGUGGUGGUUGCGUCUACACGUUCUUGUUGAGCAACUCUGGCGACAAAUUUGAUCUCGUUCAUCGAACCCCAACUGAAGAGCCUGUGACGGCUGUUCAUGACUUCCGUGGAAUGGCUCUUAUUGCACUCGGCAAUCGCCUUCGAAUCUACGAAUUUGGAAAGAGGAAACUUCUGGCGAAAUGCGAGAAUAAGGUAAAGCUGUUG